AAAAUAAUUAAUCAUAAUAGAAUUCUUGUAAGAGACUUCCAUGGCAUAUGUAAAGUUGUUGAAUAAAUAAAUUAUGAUUGUUGUAUAACUUAUUUUUAGUAGUGCUUAGUUAUAUUUCAUUUUAUAACAAAGUAAAAGAAUAUUUUCUAAAACUUGGAACAAAUUAUGAACAAAUUAGCGAGUAACAAGAUGGCUUCUACUUAUUUAUACUUGUAUUUCACACUAUUAUUGUGGGUUGAUAAUUGUGUUUGUCCUCCACGUUCAUAUGUUAAAAACACAAAAUCAAGUAAUCGAUUAUCAGAUCAAGAAUUUAACCUUCUUAUGGAAGAAGAACAACAACAAAAGCAAAAACUUAACCAAGAACCUUCCAAUGGAAAUACACUGGAUGAUUUAGGUAUUGAAUACAAUCGUUAUUUACGUGAAGUUGUUGAAACAUUAGAGAAAGAUGAAGAUUUUAGAAAAAAACUUGAAAGAACCAAUGAAGCUGAUAUAAGGACUGGCAAGAUUGCUGAUGAACUAGAUUAUGUGAAACAUCAUGUUCGUUCAAAACUUGAUGAAUUAAAACGACAAGAACUUAAUAGAUUACGAAAUAUGGCUAAAAGAGCUUACAAUGAUUUUCAAAAUGAACCAGGUCACAUUGAUCAUCAAAAUCCACAUAGUUUUGAAAAAAAUGAUUUAGUUAAACUAAUAAAACAAGUUGCUCAAGACUUAGCCGAAGCUGAUGAAAAACGGAAACAAAUAUUUAAAGAUUAUGAAAUGCAAAAACAUUUUGAGCGUGAUCAAAAGUUAAAGCAAAUGAAUGAUAUUGAACGUGAGAAAUUUUUAUUGAAAGAAAAAGAAUCAGAUAUUCAAAAAGAAGUUAAGCAUAAAACAAAUCCUAUUCAUCAUCCUGGUAGUAAAAAACAACUUGAAGAAGUAUGGGAAAAACAAGAUGAAAUGGAAGGAGAAGCAUUCAACCCAAAAGCAUUCUUUGCCUUACAUGACAUUGAUGGUAAUCAUUUUUGGGAUGAAGAAGAAGUAAAAACAUUAUUCUUAAGAGAGCUGAACAAACUAUAUGAACAAGGCAUGAACAAUGUAGAUUUAAUGGAGAAAGCAGAAGAGAUGGAACGUAUGCGUGAACAUGUAUUUAAUGAAAUGGAUUCAAAUAAAGACAGACUUAUAAGUUGGGAUGAAUUUAAGCGCAUGUCUGAACAACCAAACUUUGAAAAAGAUGAAGGAUGGAAAACCAUUGAUCAAAAUGAAAUUUACACAAAUGAAGAGCUAAAAAAGUUUGAACAACAGCAAAUAGAUCAGAUGAUACAAAGUGGACAUAUUCCUAAUUAUUAUCCUGAAUAUUAUCAGCAUCACACAGAAGUGCUUAAUUCUUCAUUAAAUCAGGGUUAUCAAAUUAAUUCAAAUUCUCAUCAAUCCCAAUACAUGAACCAUCAAUCUCAACAAUACUUAAAACCUCAUCCAGCACUACAGUACAAUAAUAUACCACAACAACAAAUUAAUCAUCCACCUCAAGAACAAAUGCAAAAUCAUUAUGUUAAUCAACAAGAAAAACAGGAUUCUAAGCAACAAAAUUCUCCUGUUUUACAAUAUGCACCACAGCAACAACAAUAUCAAGCCAGUGAUCAAUUAAAAAAUCACAACACGAGAUUAAAUGAUGUUGGUUCAAGUAAUAUUGGGAAGAAAUCCAAAGAAAAUUUUGGUAAAUCAGGACAUGUAGCUGGAAAUUAACAAUACAUAAUUUUCUGUGGGGUCGUGAAUAACUUUAUUUUAUUUUAUUUUAUCAAAUUUGUUUUUAUAGCAUUCUAAAUUCUGAAUUUAAAGUUAUUAAAUAUUAUACUUCAUAAAAUAUAAUUAUUUAGAAAAAGUUGUUGAAAUUAAUUUUCAUUAUAUGUUAUAAAAGUAAAAUUAC